UCGCCGAGACCCCGGCGAACAGAAACAGGGGGUGUGGACCGAAACCGCGGCAGAUACCGACACGGAGCCCCUCACAGCUCCCCUCAGACCGGCUACAGAGCCAAGCCUGCGCGCCCCUGUCCUGCCAUGCGCCGUUCUUCACUGUUUUAGAGACUUUCAAUGAGUUCUGCAAGCGUCCUCCACAUCUUCGAGCCCCCAAUGCCGGGUCCAGUCAUGCCAGUGGACGUGGCGGUGCAGCUGUACAUCGCCCACUCCCCGCCCCUUCGCAGCUUCCUCAGCUCCUAUGAAGACUACAGGGCCAGGAGCCGAGCCAAGACCCACUUCAAGCCCCUCCGGCCCUGCCUCAGCACCAAGGCCCAGCUGGAGCCGGCCUGCCUGGGCUGGCAGACUUCCAAAAGCAAAGCCAAGAAGAAGGUGGUGUUCGCCGACUCCAAGGGCAUGUCCCUCACGGCCGUCCACGUCUUCUCCCCGUCCGACAACAAUGACGGCAGGGUCUCGUCCCAGCUGCAGUUCGACCUGGAAGAGCUGGAGAGCGCCACGGCCGCCCUGCGCAUCAGCACGGUCCAGAGCAGGAUCCUGGACUUCCCUCAGCCUGCGGCCGACUACCUGGACUUCCGGAGCCGGCUGAUGAAGAAUUCCGUGUGCUUGGAGAGCUGUACGCUGCAGGAGAGGGCACUGACGGGCACGGUCAAGGUGCGGAACCUGGCCUUCGAGAAAUCUGUGCACGUUCGAAUGACCUUUGACUCUUGGAGGAGCUACCAGGACUUUGAGUGCACGUACAUGAACAACGUCUACGGCUGCCAAGACUUGGACACGUUCUCUUUCGCCCUCGAACUGCCCGUGUACGUGCCGCCUCAGAAUAAAGUGGAGUUUUGCGUCAGUUAUGCCGCUGGUGGCCGGACAUACUGGGACAAUAACGACGGCAGAAAUUACGGACUGGUGGCGAGUGCUUGGAAGCAGGACGAAGAGUGGAAUUCAGCAACAGAGCAGAAGAAAGCGCAAGCUCCCAAGAAGCAGGGCAAGAAGGGAGAGAGGGAAUUUGGUCAGUUCAGCAGGCCCCAAAGCUGGAAUGGACUUUUCCCUGACUGGCAGCGUUGGGGCUGCAUUGAAGCCAGUACCCCCUACUGGUAGCUUGAAGAAAUGCCAUCAGAUACCGCGACUGAAAAUGGGUCGUUGAAUGUACAAUGUAUAGGCCUUCUGCUGAAAAUGAUCACCAUAUCAGUUUUUCCUCUAACCCUUGAGCUGUUCUGCUAGAGAUAAGCUAUAAGUACACUGAUUAUUGCCUAGUAAUGGGUGGAGAGGGAAGAAAAAUUGAAAUCUGAGACGUUUCAUUCAUGUGGAACACGACAAGCAUGUUUUAUUAUAAAACUGGACUCAUUUUUGGCUAAUUACUAAUGGAUAUUUUUCUAAAUGUUCAGCCACUAAUAGUACUGUUGUUGUACUACAGUUCAACGCAUAACUCACCUUGCCUGCAUCUGUUGUGCGCUUUUGUGCCUUGAAGCCAUUUCACAGACAGCUGCAACAGACGUUGGGCUUAGAACUUGAAGAAAACUUCAAUUUAUGCAAUUUGAAUCGCCAGUGAUUUCUAAACGCGUAAAUUCCAAGUUAAAAGCAUGGCAGGAGAGGAAAAGCUGGCCACCGAGAAGAUUUUCCUUCAUAUUGAAGGGUUAAACUCUGAUUGGUGACGAGGUGUUUUAUGACCGAAGAUUGCGCUUCAGUUAUUUCAGCAUCUCUGAAUGAAGGAUUUCACGAGGACUUCAUAAUUUCACUUUGUAGGCAUUUACCUGUCACGUGUCACUGCACCAAAUAAAGACGAAUGUAUAAGCUGUUUAUAGCUGUUGCUCCUCCGCACUGUGGCUCUUCGGUCAGUGUGCUUGCAGCGGGGACUGGAUGCUGCAAAGCCCAUGUGGUUUUACUUCAGUUGUCUUUUGUGAAAGAGCUGUGAGGGUAUUAUGAGAUAUUUAGAUAGGAAGUGCCUUAUUGUGGGUGUGUGGAGUGGAUGCCUACCUGUGUAAAGGUGUAUAUAUAUAUAUAUAUACAUGGUGUAAAUAAAAGAUCAUUAUUUUGUCUGUAAA